GUAUCCGGAUGGGGUACUGUCCGGACUUCCUGAUCGAUGACGCCGCGUGCGCUGGCUGGUCCGCCUCCGCCCCGGUUGCUUGUCUCUGACCACCACGAGCUGCAGCACCCGUCCCCCUCGACAGCGCAGGCGCCGCGCACGCACUCUGCGCCGCCACCAUGGACUCCCCCACGCAGGGGAACCCGAUUGAGACCCCGCUCGGCAUGCUGCUCAUUGGGCUCAUCAUAUCCUGCGCGUUGUAUGGUCUGAAUUUCCUGCAAAUAUACAUGUACUUCCGCACGUAUCCCUCGGAUAGCUGGUGGUUGAAGUUCCUGGUCGCUUCACUGCUCGUACUGGAUACGGCUGGCACGGCUCUCAGCGGUCAUGGAGUAUACACAUAUCUCAUCAUCCACUUUGGGGAUCCCACUGCCAUUGCGGGCAUCGAUACCUCCCUUGAAGUCGAGAGCCAGAUCACCAAUGUUAUCACUUUUAUUGUCCAAGCGUUCUACGGAUACAGUCUCGUACAAUUGGCCGCCGGACGGAAUCUUAAAUGGGCGGCAUUUCUUAUUUGGUUCAUCGCGCUCGUCAGCUUCUCCUUCGGGACGGCCGCGGUCGCGAACAACUUCCUGACGGCCCACUUCGAAGGCCUGACGAUGAAGAAUGCGCGGAUUAUCUCUGGAUUCGCUCUUGGUGGCGCGGCGCUGUGUGAUAUCGUUAUCACCACCGCGCUAUGCAUGUUUUUCUGGAGGAGCAAGACGGGGUUCAAGCCAACGGAUAACAUACUCGACAAGUUGCUCAUCUUCACGAUCAACCGAGGCGGCAUCUCUUUUGCCGUGCAAGUGCUCAACUGCAUCUUGUACUUUACGCAUACAGCGCAGUUGAUUUGGACACCAUUCCACUUCGCGUUAAGCAAAGUUUAUGUUAUCUCACUAGUCGCGACGUUGAACCAACGAGAUACGUAUCGCAACGAUCAUGUCUACACCGAAGACCCUGUCAGCUUCGCGCGACCUUCAACUAUGUCCGCCUCCGCGAACGGGAACCAGAUACCCCUGCAACUGAGGAGCGGAAGCGGAAGCGAAGGUGAGACAACAGGGAUGUCCGUCAGCCUCAGCAAAAAUUCCGAGGAGCGCUACCGCUCUUGGGGUUGAUUCCCGGAGACGGGGGAACAAUGGAGUGUAUACAGGAUUUCGCAUAUAUAUACUACACUUGUCUGCGUGGACUCGGCACUGUACAUAAACCCCCAAUUGUCAUCGUCGUACUAUACGCGCUCCUUCUACUCGUUCAUGCACCCGAAUCGGACUGCCUCCAGUCUUCCAUCUCCCCAAGGCGUGUUCAUGCAUGGCUUCCCACUCGGAUCAC